AAGGUAAUUUAUUUAGCAGACCACAUUUUCAAAAUGCAGUUUGUAAUGUAAAGGUACCUUAUUCUAUUCAGAAACAUAGCCAGAUAUUCUUUAAUGCACCCCUUCAAACAGACACAUACUGCACACAAGACACAUGCUUAAGGUCUACUCAUAAAUCAGUUUCUGAAUGAUACAAAACGGCACAGCAAAGUAAGCGAUCUAUCGUCUGCCUUAGGAGACAAAUAAUAAUGCCAGGAUCCGAAAGUAAUCAGUUUGCAAGUGCAAGUGACGCUUUUAUGGAUGCCUGCGGCUGAUACAGCACUGCCUCCAUUCGUAUCCUCUCCCCCAUUCACCCAUUCAUCUGGUUUACUCUGCUGCACCACGUUGCCUGCGCUCGAACACUUUAGUCUGGGAUGCCACACACCAUGAGAGGUCCAUUUUGUGGAAGGUCCACUUUUUCUAGGUACGAGGCAAGGCUAAAGGUGGCGUCCAUCGGUCGGACAGCGGUGCCUCACUGCGCACGGUCAGUCAGUCAGGACGCUUGAAUUUUGCGCUUUGCUGUGUAGGAUCGAUACGUCUAAGACCCAUAUUCUGGUGGAAGGCGUGGCUUGGUGUCACCGACACAGGGCUGGUUUUCCAUAUUCAUUUCUAGGGUUUAGCCUCAUCUCACUGACACGGACUGAAACGGCACCCCAAGGUACGGGACAUAAAGCGCCUUUCAAGGAAACUGCAUAAAGUUACUGAUAUUGUGAAUCUGUUUUCAUCUUUGGAUUACGACAAUAUUUAAAGACGGAAACAGUGAAUCCGGGAUGGGAACUAACCCAAAAAGGACAGUGACAGUCCAGAUGGUGCCUCAGCUGGCUGUGGUGGACACGCUGGGCAAUAAGGAGCCUAAUGCCAACUGGGCUAAAGAGCCCAACCUCAAACUCUCUCAGGUUUGUCCAAAACCCACCCUGACAUCUCCAGACCACAAACAGGAUAAUUUAUCUCUGACUGCUUCUCUCGCUAACACCAUUCCACAUACCCAAAAAACAGCUUCCAAGGGAGGUGAACCAGUUAGCAGCACUGUGUCAGACAAACCAGUACCAACUAAUGGAAACCAGACAAAAUCAGAGCUUGUUACAGGUGGAGACCAACAGAUGCCAGACCUGUCUCUAGCAGGCGAUGGUGUCGGUGAGGCAGGAGCUGACCAGAGGGAUUCUAACGCUAAUAUGAAAAUGUUAAGCCUGGCUGAUGAAAAGGAUAUCAGUAAGGCCAGUGUGUCGUCUGCUCUUUCAGCGUCAAAGGUCGACGUGCAGACCUACGACUGCAGAAUAAAAGGGCCAAGUGCAGCAGAGGAGGAGUGUGCAAAGCUCACAUCCUUGGCCAAAGCUACAGUACGAGAGGACAGUAACAAAAAUGUUUCUCCAAAUAAUAAAAAUCUUAACAUUGCCUGUGAAUUAAGGCAUACAGCAUCUGAACCACAACACGAUAAUAAAGGGAGUAUUUCAGCUCCCAAAAACAAGGACACUGCUGUACCACAGAAAUCUCAAGAGCCUGAUCAUAUACAUGACUGCUCACAAAGCUCUGUCAGUCUGCAAGAGACACCCAAACCUAAGCAAAGCAUGGAAACAACUGCAGCUCCACUUAGCUCCAGUACACCUCCACCUCAGAACAAAGAUGCAGAGGCCAGGUUUACAAAUAAGAAUUCAAGUUCAACACAUCCAGAGAAAGAUUUGCCACCAGUAAAGAAACCAGAAGUCUCCUCAGAUAAACAUCAGCCAAUGUCUUCACAGAAAGACUCCUCCACUCCGCCUCAGGCUAUACAAAACAUGCCGGCAUGUGGGCAGGUGGCUAAGGAUGCCGGUCAAACUGACACAGCUGUCUUUGAAGGGCAGCAGCAGCAGCACUGCAAGUUGUACAGGGAGGCUUCAACAAUGACUUUAUCACUGUCAUCCACCCCAGUCAAGCAGUGCAAUGAUAUGGAGGUUCAGGCGGUGGCUAACAUGUGCAGCAAGGCUGUGGCAACAAGUCCGAGCCUGCUGCCCUUCGCUGUGACUCGCAGGCUGAGUGGUGGUGCAGUCCCCAGGGAGGAGGCGCAGAGCCUGGCUAUAGUCUAUCAGGUCGAUGGGAGUGUGGGACUACAUCAGAUGAACAUAAGUACUCUAUCUGCCUCUACUGAUCCGAGGUCAGAGAGAGUCACUGUAGAAGCAGAGAUGUGCCCCAACCAAAAUGCCGGGGUGGUUUUCCACUCAGAAACUUUGUCCCAGCAGCAAGACAAAAGGCUAGGAGCGAAGCCUAAAGACCCCGGGUCAGCUCUCUGCAACACCCAGCCAGUUUAUCAAAUCAACAUUGAACACAGCAACCACAAGGAGCAAGGGGAGACGGGUAACUCCCAAUAUAAAACAGGAAUUCAGACAUCUGCAGUGAAAACAGCCACUGCUGAGGCUCCCUCACUCAAAUCAGGAGCACUCCCAGAGACAGCCGGUGCAAUCAAGUCUGGAUCUGCUGACAGUAACAAUGCUGCGCUGUCUCAGGCUGCUGUUACAAUCAAGCCCAACCAGGCCCUGCCAACAACAACAACAGCAACAAACACUACAUCAAAGUCACAUCUAACUAAAAAUAAAGCUGGAAGUCCUAAAGUAAAGGCUAAAGCUAAAGGGAAAACCCUGACGAAGGAAACAAAGUCUGGCAAACAGAAAAAAGAACUGGAGAGAAAGGAAGAAGAGGAUGACCAGUCGGGGAAGGAGAAAGGAAAGGGCAUCCAUGAUGUCGUCUGGGAUGAACAAGGGAUGACAUGGGAGGUCUACGGCGCUUCUGUGGACCCAGAAUCCCUUGGUUUUGCCAUUCAGAGCCACUUGCAGUGCAAAAUCAAGGAGCAAGAGAGGAAACUGAUAGCCCAGACCUCCUUCCGAAAGUCAAUCUCUGGUGGCGACUCACCGCAACAUGGCAGGAAGAGCAAAAGGAGGCAGCAGAACAUUUUCAGGUCAAUGCUGCAAAAUGUCAGACGGCCCAACUGCUGCGUGCAUCCCCCACCCUCCUCCGUCCUCGAGUAGCACAGCACAGAGGUAGCCAAUGUCAGACUCCUCCCUUUUCCUAGAGGUCAAAAUGUUUGUCCUCCCCUCGUCAUGAUUGCAAUGCCAAGUGAAACAUUAAUGGGACGACGAUCCCUGUAAGUAAGUAUACUGGAGUCUUGUAGCAUAAAGAGUCAAACUAUUUGUGAUGUUUGUGAUCAAAGAAGGUAGGAAAUAGAAAUAUAAAAUGAACAACUUAAGACUUAUUUUCUAAUAGAUAGAAAUAGAUAUUAUAAAAAGAGAGAAAACUGUUUUUAAAUAACAAAGGCAAUAAUAGUGAAACGCAUGUAUAUUAGUUACAAUGGCAGUUGUAUGACCUAAAAUGAAGUCCAAACCUUCACAGUAAAAGGCACUGAUCAUGGGGUAGACAUAUUACUUACUGUCAGAAUAUUUGUGCAAAUAUAUUAAACCAACAUCUCACUGCAUUUGGUGCAUUUGGUAUAUGUAUUUGAGGUGUUUUGGGGCCCUAUAUUUAUAAGAUUGCUGUAUUUUCUUUUCAUGCACAUUUAUUUUUAGUGAGUGAUUACGUUGUGCCAAAAGGGACUGUAUGCAUACAUACGCUGUUUAAUCUCUGUUCUUCUUUGGUUUUCUAUUAAAACAACAAAACCCUAA